GAGAGAGUGAGUGUGUCUCCGAUAGAAAGACGGAUCCUGAUUAUAGUGCACGGCUCGGUUAACUAUUGGUACAUCUUUAAGAAGAGACCAGAUGAUCAUGUCUCCAGUCCUACAACUGUCUCUGCUCUUCCUGGCUCUCCUCAGCAUCAGAGGAGGGCAGGGCCAGCGGAUCAUCGGGGGUAAGGAGGUGGAGCCGUACUCCAUCCCCUACCAGGCCUCCCUCCAGUACAACAAGAACCACUUCUGUGGAGGCACGCUCAUCCACCCCCAGUGGGUGGUGUCUGCUGCCCACUGCUGGAGACCAAACUACCUGAUCCAGGUGGUGUUGAGUGAGCACAGUCUGACCCGUGUGGAAGGCGUUGAGCAGGAGUUCAACGUCACCAUUGUCCUGGUCUACUACAUGUACAAUUACCGGACCUUCGACAACGACAUCAUGCUGCUCAAGCUCAGCCGGCCUGCCACCCUGAACAGCUACGUGGCCCCCGCCAGCCUCCCGGACGUCAACACGCCGCCGCUGAGCAGCAGCACAUGGUGCACAGUGAGCGGCUGGGGCGUGACGCAGCUCUACAACAACUUCCUGCCCCCCGCGCUGAGGGCCGUGGACGUGGACGUGAUCCUCAGCUGCCAGUACUACUACUACUUCAGGAUCACAGACAACAUGCUGUGUGCCGGCUCCCGCUACGGCGGCAAGGACUCCUGUCAGGGCGACUCAGGAGGGCCUCUCAUCUGCAACGGAAACUUUGAGGGCAUCGUCUCUUGGGGCAUCAGCUGUGCUAACCCAUACUUCCCCGGCGUGUACACCAAGGUCAGGAACUACGCCCAAUGGAUUAACUGGAUCAUCCAGAACAACAGCUAGUGGGCACUGCCACCAUCCCACCAUGCUAACAAGCCACCCUGCUAACAUGCUACCAGGAAAUGACUUCAGCAAGGAACAAGUUGCCAACACUGUAAAGACCACCAUAUUAGUUGGCUGCUGUGAAGUGUCCAGUAACUUUUAAAUUAAACAAUUAACAUGUGGUCAACAUGAUCAGAUGUUUAUUAACAUGAGGUCAACAUGAUCAAAAGCUGUUUAUUAGGAGAAUGUACUGUACUGACCUUUCCUCCUCUGAAAAACAUACGGGAAAAAAA